GACGGCGCGACGAGAAAAUCACGGACGUGGCGUGCAUCGGGCGAGAGGCGUGAAACAUCCACGGUUCGAUAAACUCAUCUCUCAAGUGCGAGAGUACGAAUAUCUUGAUGGCGAUCGAACCGAGAGAAUUUAGCGGAACUCGCUACUGAGAAGAAGGCUUAGAGAGCUCGCUCUAUCUCUCUUUUACCCUUUCUCUCUCUCUUUCUACCGUAGAGAAGUCGGUGGUGCAGCAUCAUCCCUAUCGUAUUGCGAGCAUGUGUUACCAAUGAAUUCCAGACUCCGCCCAGCACCCGUUUGCAGUGGUCGGAAAGGAGGCGAAAUACGCGCAGGACUGAAGUCUACGUCACGUUUAGGGGCGUACACCAACGUCGGAGACACAGCCCCCGGCGCAAGCUGCGAGGGUGGCUUUUACCCCUCCGUUUUGCGCCGAGAUCAUAUCACUUGGAUUUCAGUGCUAUCUUCGAUCUUCGUGCCGUAACAACAUCGGCAGAUCCGAGAUCCGCGCGUCGCGCCAAUUCGAUAAUCGAGAAGAACUCAACGGGAAUCUCGUCAAGUUAUGAUGAAUCUUGCCGAUCAAGAGGUACCCGCUGCGACGACGGAACUGACAGGCUUACCCGGAAACGGAUUUGGUAGACUGCCCGAGCCGCUUCAGACGGUUACCGGGGAAUAUUGUCCCGGCAGCUAUCCGGUGUCUCAGUCUACGAGCAAUGAAAAACUGCACACGGGAAGCGAAUUGUACAUGCCGCAAGGCUAUCGGCAAGAAUCUUGGUUGCAAGAUGGUAGCAGCUCCGAGACCGAAGACAGCGAACAGUACGUGCCCGAGUUUCAUCAGAUGUCGAAUGCGAAUGUGAAACAGGAAUCGAGCAAUUGCACGAGAAAUGGCGACAGCGGUAAUUACCAUCCCCAGUAUCAAUCUUCCGUCGCGCAAAACGGUGAUUUUCUCGAGCUCAGCUCGGAACGUUGCUUUGGAGAUCGCAAGAUAAACGCGGCGAGUAAAAACACGUCGAAGGACGUCGCCGUGAAGGAAGAACCGGCGGAUCGAAGCUACGUGGAACCGCUUCCCGUUACGAACAUAUCAUCCGCAACGUCUCAGGACACGCAGAACGCAAGCAAUUUGCUCUAUCAACAACGGCAACAACAGUACGGAAACGUAACGAGGGAUCAUCCUAGAGGAUCUUCGCCGCCCUCCAGCCGUCCGGCCAGCGCUUCCUCCUCGACUUCUCAUCAAUGGCAAUCGAGCUUCUCUUCCGAGACCUUUCUGCCGCGACAGGAAAAUUGGAAUUCCGAGGCUUACGCGAAACGGAGCGUCACGCCGACCUGGACGGAACUCGGCACGCAGCUCGAUCCUCGAAACUCCACCUGGGACAGGCAGAACGGUUGUUAUCAGAAAAAAGGCUCGCCUAUUUCAACUUGGAAUUCGGAUCACAUCGGCAAAAGGCCGUCGUCGGCGACCGGCAUGUCAGCCUGGAGCGACGUUGCUGUCGGUUAUCAGCAACAACGACGCGGCUCUUUGCAGUUGUGGCAAUUCCUCGUAGCGCUGCUCGAUGAUCCCGCGAACGCUCCCUGCAUCGCUUGGACCGGCCGAGGGAUGGAGUUCAAGCUGAUCGAACCGGAAGAGGUGGCGCGCAGAUGGGGCGUGCAAAAGAACAGACCGGCCAUGAAUUACGACAAGUUGAGCCGCUCGUUGAGAUAUUACUACGAGAAAGGCAUAAUGCAAAAGGUCGCCGGCGAGCGAUACGUUUACAAGUUCGUCUGCGAUCCGGACGCGCUCUUCAACAUGGCGUACGGUACCGGCGCGGCUUCGGGACUUACCGGAGAGGUUUCAAGUAGUAUGGUGCGAAAUCACGCGGCGUCCGGGAAAGGAGGAACGGGCGGUAACGAGGUUCCCGAUUUGAUGAAACAUUCAGCCACUGGGUACAGCGACGCGGUUUUUGCCAUGUACUCGAAUACCGCCGCAGUGUACGGUCCUUCCAGUCUUCAUCAUUUGCAUCAAUACCUCGGCGCUAACGAAAGUUUCAAAACACCACCGAGCAGAUACCAUUCCCACUAUCCUCAUCAAUACGGUAGCAAUCAUCAUCAUCAUCAUCACCACCCGCCUGCGAGCUAUACGGACACCUUUUUGAACUAUAGUCGAUUGUCGUCGCACGAGACCGCUAUUGACUCGAAGGUGCAAGAACCACCGCCGAGAGACUCGUACCAUACCCAGGAAACGGAGAAUACCGGCGGCAGAGACCGGGACGUCUCGUCGAUAUCCUACGAGAGCGUGCAGAGAUCGCAAUUACCGGCUACAUCGGCGUCCGCGCAAUCCUCGUCGUUACUUGACAACACGACGACGAGCUCCAAAAUCGAACAAGCGCCGUACACGUGUCUGGGUGUCGGGAGCUGCACGAACAAAAUGAUGAAGACAAGAUCGACGGAACAACAAGAGGAGGGAGGAGGAAUGGGUUUCAAGGACAAGCAGAAAGCGUUAGACACGCUGAAGUCUCUGGACGGUCGUGACAUCAGUUAUCAGUAUCACGUUAUCACGAGUUUCGUCAGCCGUGCGAAAAGAACGUUGCAAAUCACGCGGGACGAGGAAAAAUUGGCGAAUCUGCGGGACGCGCUGAAGAUAUUCGAAGACUGGUUGACGAAAUACAAGGAGAACAAUCGGGGAAAGGAGAAUCUCGCGUAUCUGCCGAUCGAAACGAUCAAGGCUUACCGCAGCCUCGCGAAGAAGUACGACGUGUGGGACGACGAGUUUUUCAAGGCGUACAAGGGUGAGAAGGGCGACUACAAGGGACUGCGCGCCGCGAAAGUAGUCGACGGAGACGUCACGUGGGACAUUGAGAGAAACAGACGCUUGAAGAAGAUCAUCAGCAAGAUUAAGGAAGAGCACAUCCAGUGGUACGAGACAGACGUGGGCGAUUUUCGUGGAUUACCGACGAAGGAGCACACGCAGUGCAUCGUGCUCGCGUACAGUCCCGAUUCCACGAAAUUGAAGAAACUCGCGAGUCAAGUGCGCGAAAAAUUCGGGGAGGAUGAUGACGACGAGAUGGACGUCGAGGAGGAACGAAGAGGCAGCAAGAGAGGCCGCGAUAGUGCGUCAUCGAGCGACAGCGACAGCGAGCCGGAAAAGAAGCAGGCGAAACGUUCGCCGGAAAAUGUGGAAAACGAACAGAAAGAGGAGAGCGGAUUGGGCUUCAAGAACAGAGAAAAGGCCUUGCUGAGCAUCAAGUAUCUGGAGGGUAGAGACGUGACUUAUCAGUUUCACACGAUCAGCGGUCUGGUGAAACGAGCCGAAAGAGUGAUAUCGUGCACGAAGGAUAAGCAGAAGAUCGAUAACAUGAAGGAAGCGGUGAAGAUCUUUGAGAAUUGGAUCACGGACUACAAUGUGAACGGUCGAUCGAAGGAAAACUUUAAUUAUCUGCCGAUCGAUAUUGUGCGGGCGUUCAAGCCACUGGCCGAGAGAUACGAUCUCGAAGACAACGGAUUUCUCAAGGUCUACGAAGAUGCAAACGGCGACUACAAAAAACUUCGAUCCGUUCGAGUCCCGGAUUCGGAUGUCACCUGGGACAUAAAGCGAAACGAGCAACUACGGGAGUUGGUGAAUCGCAUAAAAGAAAAGCACAUUCAGUGGUUCGACACUGACGUCGAAUUUCGGGGUUUACCUACCGCGGAACACACGCGAUGCAUCAUGUGGGGUUUCAGCCACGAUGUCGCGAAGUUGAAGAAACUCGCGCCCACUCUGAGCGAAAAGCUUCAUCCUGCUGACUAAAAAAAAAAAUGUCACUUUGCUUUCUGAAUCGGUGUUGAAACAUUGUCGAAUUGGAAAAGC